CAUCAGUCCCUCUGCGAAGAGAAAGUCAGAGUGAGAGAAAGGGAGAUUUUGCUUGGGGUUGGUGUCUGCAGAAAGGAAGCAGUUUGACUAGCACAGAGAGCAACAAUGGCUUCUCUGAAAACAGUAUUCUCUCUCCUCUUCCUCAUUUCCUUCUCUCUAAACGACUCUCUCACUUCUGCAACAAAGACCCCAGCCUCUGUAGUGAGAGAAACUCCUCUGCUCCUCACCUACCACAACGGCCCCCUCCUCUCUGGUCAGAUCACCCUCAACCUCCUCUGGUAUGGCAACUUCACCUCCUCCCAAAGAGCCAUCAUCCUCGACUACCUCCACUCUCUAUCUCAUCCGAUAAACCCAAUUCCCUCUCACCAAAACUCGUCUCUGUCGCCACCUUCAGUCUCCCAGUGGUGGCGAACCAUCGGAAAAUACGUAGUCCCGAACUCGCAAAACACCCAAAAACCAGCGGUUCUUAGAGUGGGGAAGCAGGCCAUUCACUCGUCCUACUCUCUGGGCAGGUUCCUAACCCGAGCCAACCUCUCGAGCCUAGUUCGCACCCUGGCUCGACCCGGGUCUAUAACCCUGGUCCUCACGGCUCACGAUGUGAACCCUGAGGGCUUCUGUCUAGGCACCUGCGGCCACCACUCGUGGGUCCGCCUUCCCUCACUCGAGCGAGCCCCAUAUAUAUGGGUCGGCGACUCGUCGAGCCAGUGCCCCGGCCUUUGCGCGUGGCCUUUCCACAAGCCCGCUUACGGUCCGCAGGGUCCGAGCCUCGUCGCCCCCAAUGGUGACGUGGGCUCGGAUGGGCUCGUGAUGAAUAUAGCGAAGCUCUUGGGUGGGACCGUGACGAACCCAUUGGGGGGUGGGUUUUAUGAGGGGGAGGAGGAGUUGUGUAUGGAGGAGGUGGGGUUGUGCAUGGAGGCGGGGUCGGCAUGUGUGGGUGUGUAUGGAAAGGGUGCGUAUCCAGGUUAUACGGGGGAGGUUUUGGUGGAUGAGCUGAGCGGCGGCAGCUAUAAUGCGGUGGGGAUGAGGGGGAGGAAGUAUUUGUUGCCGGCUUUGUGGGAUCCACAAACUCACAAGUGCGAGACGCUUGUCUGAGGUGGAAUCAAUCUUCUAUUUUCUCUCUCUAAAACCUUUACUAGACUUAUUUUAACGGAUACACGACUCUCUCUCUCUCUCUCUCUCUCUCUCUUCUUUGCUUUCCUCUCCUCUCCUCUGUGCAUUAUUAUGUAAACUUAUUUCAAUACUAAUUAAUAGAAAAAUUUAUAGAAGGCAUUGCUUUUUACAGAAA